AUGAAUCCAUUUGGUUCUCUUAGUAGCAUGCAUAGUACUUGGCCAGUGAUUUUGGUUACUUACAACCUACCACCUUCGUUGUGCAUGAAAAGAAAGUACAUGAUGCUUACAUUGUUAAUUUCCGGGCGAAAACAGCCGGGAAAUGACAUUGAUGUUUACUUGGCUCCCCUCAUUGAUGAUUUGAAGAUAUUAUGGGAAAAAGGUGUCAAAGUUUUUGAUGCGCAUCAAAAUGAGACCUUUAAUCUGAGAGAAAUGUUGUUUUGCGCCAUCCAAGAUUUUCCGGCAUAUGGUAAUCUUUCUGGGUAUACUGUGAAAGGGAAAACUGCUUGUCCCAUAUGUGAGGAUCGUAUGAAGGGAAAGUGGCUAAAGAAUUCUAAGAAGAUGGUUUACUUUGAUCAUCGUCCGUUUUUGCCCUGUGAUCAUCCAUACCGCAAGCAAAAAAAGGCUUUUAAUGGGAAACAAGAAUUCAAAAAACGUCCAAGAGACUUGAGUGGGGAGGAGGUGUUUCAAAAGGUUAAGGACAUCCAGAUAACCUUUGGGAAGAAAUCUAGAGCAGGUAUUUCGAAGCAGGGGUACAAGAAAUGUUCUGACUUCUGGCGCUUACCCUAUUGGAAACACUUAUUUGUCAGACAUUGUUUAGAUAUAAUGCAUAUUGAGAAGAAUGUGUGUGAUAGCUUGAUUGGCACACUGUUGAAUGUUCCUGGGAAGACAAAAGACGGUGAAAAUGCUCGAUAUGACUUGAAGGAUAUGGGGAUUAGAAGUGAACUCCACGUUGUUGAGGGAAAACCCAAGAAAUACCUUCCUCCCGCAGCUUAUACAUUGUCACGAAAAGAGAAAAAAGUGUUAUGUGAAUCCUUAGCUGGAGUGAAAGUUCCAGAGGGUUUUUCUUCAAACUUUCGCAACCUUAUUUCAAUGGAAAAUCUGAAACUUGUGGGUCUUAAGUCUCAUGAUUGCCACAUUAUGAUGCAAUAUUUGUUACCAGUGGCUAUUCGCUCAAUUUUACCUAAAAAUGUUCGAUAUGCCAUUAUUAGAUUGUGUUUAUUCUUUAACGCAAUGUACGCCAAAGUCAUUAAUCCUAAAGACUUAGAUAAUUGGGAAACAGAAAUUGCUAUCAUUAUUUGCCAAUUACAGAUGUAUUUUCCUCCAUCUUUUUUUGAUAUCAUGGUUCAUUUACCUAUUCACUUGGUGAGAGAGAUAAGGUAUUGUGGCCCAGUUCAUUUGAGAGCUCAAUGGUCCUUUGAAAGGCAAAUGAAAACUUAUAAGGGAUAUGUGAAGAAUGCCUAUAGACCCGAAGCUUGUAUUGCUGAAAAGAACUUCUAUGAAGAUCUUGUUGGAUCGUGUAGUCAAUAUCUAGAAAAUGCAAAGAUUAUUGGGCUUCCAAUAUCAAAACAUAGUGGUAGAAUGGAGGGAAAGGGGAUCAUAGGUCAUAAGAAACGUGACUUGUCUUAUGAAGAAUGGCACAAGGCCCACACAUAUGCUCUGUUUAACGAGGAUGAAGUUACACCAUAUAUUAACAAACACAUUGAUCACCUUAAGCAGUUCAAUCGUAAGACAAGUCGGAAAUCACUUCUUAGUCAACAUCACAAUUCAUUUAGAACUUGGUUGAAAGAUAAAGUGAUGAGAGAGCUUAAUGAUCCACUAUAUGUUGUUUCUGAUCGACUAAAGAGUUUAGCGUUAGGACCCAAUUUUAGAGCCUCUUUUUAUUCUGGGUAUGUAUAUAAUGAUUGCACAUUCUAUACUUAG